AUGGGAUCAUGUUGGACAUAUGGAACUUUUAACUUUGUAGAUUGUUGGUUCUUCAGGUUCGAUCACAAGGCCACAGAAAUGCCCCGAAGCCCCCGGCGCUGGACCCCUGAAGAAGACCGGGUGCUACUCGACAAGGUCAAGCAACUAUUUUCGGACGGCGCCAAGAACGAUACGACUAUCAGCUGGGCUACUGUAGCCAACGCCCUCCCUGACCGCAACAACAAAGACUGCCGAAAGCGCUGGUCCAAGAUUAUUGGAGCCAAGAAGGGCUCGUGGUCUUUGAGUGAGGACGAACAACUCUUAGAAGGUGUGCAGAAGUACGGCCGCCAAUGGGCUAUGGUUGCAAAGGGUGUUGAAACGAGGAGUGCAGAUCAGUGCGCCAAGCGUUGGCAACAUUGUCUAGACCCCUCUCUAGACCGAAGCGAGUGGACAAGUGACCAGGAUGCACGAUUAGUUGCCGCGGUGCGACGUUACGGCACCAACUGGAAGGAUAUCAAGAAGUUUGAGUUCCCCAAACGUUCGACGACGAAUCUAAAGAACAGACAUAUUGCCCUAUUCCGGCAGAGGAAUAAGGCACCUGGUGCUUGUCCGGGAGCGAUGGAAACUUUAGGCCCGGGAAUUGACUGGUGGUCGAUCGAGCAGGGAAUGCUUGAUGACAUGAGCAUGGAUGCGAGCGAGGACGGUGACGACGCGGAAGAAAACCAGAGUCCCAACUCAUACACUUCAAUUUCGACAUCCUCCUUUGACGACAUACUUGGGGUUAGUCCGUCUGGUCCUUCAGCAGCAGACACGAUGACUACGGUCAGUUCAGAUCCUUAUCAAUAUUUGCUGGACUGGACAGUCCCGUCACACGCGGAUCUUGUUCAAGCCGCAACUUCAUAUUAUCCUGCUUUGGACGGCUUCCUUGGGUCGACAUAUGACCGUAACACCAAUACCGACCCAUCUCUUGGAAGGGACGCCAAUGGCGGCAAUUUUAUACCAGGUUUUCCCACGCAAACGCCAUCACAGUUUGAAAGCAUCGACGUCUCUCAGAUCUCAGAUGGCGUUACGCCAGGAGAGUCUUCGCGUCAAGGGGCAAACCGAGAACAUCGUGCAGCAAGCAACGUUUCUAGCGGGCCACAGAUGACUGUUACUAUCGACAACCCAGACCCGCAGACGAUGACUGGCAUAUUGGAGGUCUUGGCAAAGGCGAAUAGUAAGGCGACCAUAUCUAUGAAUCGUGAGUAG